AUGGACUCGUACACUUCCAAAUUCAGAUCCGGGCAAAAUAAUCACGACAGGCGAAGUUGCAGCAUUUGUGGACAGGUUUUUACCCGAACAGAACAUCUCACGCGCCAUGAGCGCUCACAUCGAGGGGAAAAGCCCUUCCGGUGCAGCCUUUGUGGCUUCGCAUCCUGCCGAAAGGACCUCCUCAAGCGCCAUAUCCGCCGGCAACACUCGGGCGUCGAAUGCGCAACGGUAGCCACGACUAUGGAUAUCAGUGGGGUAAGCGGGGAGCUCGGUGAUGAUGAUGGCUCUUCCGACAGAACGAAUAAUUUCAGUCUCGAUCCCAUCUUCGAAUGGGGUCCUGAUAUGCCCGACUUUGGAUCUCUGAACUCGCAAGGCAACCUCGUCAGCGAUGUCGAUAUCGGCACCUUGAUUUCCAAUGUCUAUAAUGAUGACAGUCCGUUGAGCUUCCAAGUGAACGGGCCUCCUUCACCUCCAGCGUCAAAUCCGCAAUGGGAAACCUUUACCCAGUCUGAUUCUUGCACGAUCACCAAGUCAGGCAAUGAAUCUAGAGAUGCGACGCUGGGGACCUUCCAAAUCUCGGAGGCCAGGCGAAUGCAAGUGAUAGAUUUGGGCCACGCGGCGUGCUCUGAUAUGGAUGUAGAUUUCCCGUCAUGCUUGACACUAGAACGAUGCAUUGCCGCAUGUUUUGACUCGCUUUUCAUCGUCACGCCAUGCGUCCAUAUCCCUACAUGGAACGCAGAGGAGGCGGAUCCCUGUAUUCUGCUUGCAAUGGCUGCGUGCGGCGCCAGAUAUCUACGCAAAGCCGAGCUUGCCCUGAACAUACACAAGGUUGCCCGAAAGGUCACCCUGUGCCAGAUAAGGACCCCCGACGGCUUACGGAUAGAACAGCCGCCUUCUGUGAUACUGGCACUUUUGAUUGUCACCGGGUUCAGCCUCUGGAACGGCCCCGCGGACGCUUGCCGCGAAGCUAUGCUAGACAAUGUUCUACUCGCCGAGCUAUCGUGUCUCGAAACGAACUUGGAAGAAGGCCAUAUGGAUCCAGAAAUCUCGUGGGAGAUAUGGGUAGAGAAGGAGACCAUGAUCCGCACUAGAUAUUGCGUGCUCUACUUCCUGAGCCUUGUCAACAUCGUCUUUGACGCAACACCGCCGAUUCGAUACUCUGGUGUCCAACUGUCCCUCCCAUGUGCUGAAGCCGAGUGGGUCGCACCCAGCGCCCAGGACUGGGCCAGGAAUCGAAGACCAAGAGCAAGAAUCUCGCUGAAAGAUGCAGUCGAUGACUUGCUCAAUUCUUCGGCCCCAACCCCAAUUUCCGAUAGCCCGUUCACGGCCAUUAUCAUCCUGCACACGUUGCUGCAAAAAAUCUGGUACCGGCGUCAAGGCAGUUGUGAUAAGAAUCGGCCUUUAGAUGCUGGCCCUUUUCGAAAUGCCCUUGACAAACUGGAGUCGGCUGCGGAUUCUGGCCCCGAAUCAACUAUGUCGCCACACAACGCCAGAGCAAGCCUAGCAUACAACUUCCACUCUCUGCUCCGGCUAGCGAGAAUUCAUUUAUGUGCCAGUAUGGGCAAUUGUCUCGCCGCCUGCAAGACUCACGAUGCGAGCAAGAUCAGCCAAGCUAUAGCCAUUGGCUUUCCUAUUGAACGCUCCAUAGAAUCCAGCAAGGCUGCCUUGUCUGCUACGCAAUCAUUCGCGGCGCUUUUAAAAUUCGGCACGGUUCAUACCAGCGGCUCCGGCACUCUGCACUACAUCUUCAACACUUUCCACUCCGUGCUUUAUCUCAUCAAAUGGCUUGAGUCAAUGGAAGGGAUUCCAGCAAUUACGUGGACCGAGCACGAGAGCCAAACUAUACCGUCGAUAGAAUCGACUGUCAAAGAGGCCGAGUUACACCCUGAGCAAGCCAAGCUUCCUUUGAGCAGACGUGUCGCAUUCGCCUGUUUGAUCAUAUUCAGGGCUGCAAACACUUGGGAUCUGCAAACUGUACUAGUAAAGGCUUUACAUGAGUAUGCGACAAAGUCCUGGGCAGAUUAA